GCUUCGCUGCCAGCCGUGAUUGUUCACGUGACCCUCUCCGAUCCCGCCUCCGCCCUCCACCCUGUUCCGUCCGAUUCUAGUCAUGUGACCACCGGGCUGCUCAGAGGUUGGGGUAGGGGGUCAGCCGGGUCCUUGUGUUGGGGGGGAGGUAGAAGGGAGAUUGUCAGGCCCCGAGCGUCGCCGUGACGGGCUAGAAGGGCGUCCCCUCACCGCUCAGACCGGGACAGGCAGCGACAGGCCGGCCCCGGAGCAGGGCCCGGCCCCGUGACAGGUACUUUAAUGGAGCAUCUAAUUUGUAAGAAGUCCAAGUCUCUUCAGAUAAUCUAUAGAUCAUAACUGCAGAAGAUCAGACCAUUUUCAGUGCCCAGCUAAGGGUCAGCUGGCCGUCUUCACAAUGUUGGAUUUUCUUGCUGAAAACAAUCUCUGUGGACAGGCAUGUCUGAGGAUUGUAUCCUGUGGCAAUGCCAUUAUUGCUGAACUUUUGAGGCUCUCUGAGUUCAUUCCCAGUGUUUUCAGGUUGAAAGACCGUGCUGAUCAACAGAAAUAUGGAGAUAUUAUCUUUGAUUUCAGUUAUUUUAAGGGUCCAGAGUUGUGUGAAAGCAAACUGGAAGCAAGACCAGACUUACAGGAUUUAGAUGAAGAAUUUCGUGAAAACAACAUAGAAAUUGUGACAAGAUUUUAUUUAGCUUUUCAGAGUGUCCACAAAUAUAUUGUAGACUUAAACAGAUAUUUGGAUGAUCUCAGUGAAGGGAUUUAUAUUCAACAGACGUUAGAAACUGUUCUGCUCAAUGAAGAUGGAAAGCAACUUCUAUGUGAAGCUCUCUACCUCUAUGGAGUCAUGCUGUUGGUUAUCGAUCAAAAGAUUGAAGGCGAAGUCAGAGAGAGGAUGUUGGUUUCCUACUAUCGAUACAGUGCUGCUCGAUCUUCUGCUGACUCAAAUAUGGAUGAUAUUUGUAAACUGCUUCGUAGCACAGGCUAUUCUAGCCAACCAGGAGCCAAAAGACCUCCCAACUAUCCAGAGAGUUACUUUGGCAGAGUGCCCAUUAGUGAAACUUUUGUCAGCAUGGUUAUUGGGAGAUUAAGAUCUGAUGAUAUUUAUAAUCAGGUUUCGGCAUAUCCACUGCCAGAGCACCGAAGCACUGCCCUUGCAAAUCAAGCAGCUAUGCUCUACGUGAUCCUCUAUUUUGAACCAUCUAUUCUUCAUAACCAUCAAGCAAAAAUGAGAGAAAUAGUGGAUAAAUAUUUUCCAGAUAAUUGGGUGAUCAGCAUUUACAUGGGAAUUACAGUCAAUCUUGCAGAUGCUUGGGAACCUUACAAAGCAGCAAAAACUGCUCUGAAUAACACGUUGGAUCUUUCAAAUAUCAAAGAACAGGCAAGCAGAUAUGCCAGUGUCAGUGAACGAGUACGUUCCCAAGUGCAGCAGUUUUUAAAAGAAGGUUACUUAAGGGAGGAAUUAGUUCUGGAUAACAUCCCAAGGUUGUUGAACUGCCUGAGAGAUUGCAAUGUCACUAUCCGGUGGCUGAUGCUUCAUACUGCAGAUUCAGCCUGUGACCCAAAUAACAAACGCCUUCGUCAAAUCAAGGACCAAAUUCUGACAGACUCAAAGUACAACCCAAAGAUCCUCUUCCAGUUGCUGCUUGAUACUGCCCAGUUUGAGUUCAUACUUAAAGAGAUGUUCAAGCAGAUGCUUUCAGAAAAGCAAGCCAAAUGGGAACAUCAUAAGAAAGAAGGCUCUGAGAGAAUGAUGGAACUUGCUGAUGUCUUUUCAGGAGUAAAGCCUCUAACAAGAGUGGAGAAAAAUGAAAAUCUACAAGCUUGGUUCCGAGAGAUCUCAAAACAGAUAUUGUCUUUAAAUUAUGAUGAUUCCACUGCUGCAGGCAGAAAAACUGUGCAGUUAAUACAGGCAUUAGAAGAGGUUCAAGAAUUUCACCAACUAGAGUCCAAUCUGCAAGUAUGUCAGUUUCUUGCUGACACACGAAAGUUUCUCCAUCAAAUGAUAAGAACGAUUAACAUUAAAGAGGAAGUCUUGAUCACUAUGCAGAUAAUUGGUGAUCUUUCCUUUGCCUGGCAGUUAAUUGACAGUUUCACCUUCAUCAUGCAAGAAAGCAUAAAGGUUAACCCUUCCAUGGUCACUAAACUUCGAGCUACAUUCUUAAAGCUUGCUUCUGCCCUUGAUUUGCCCCUGCUUCGCAUCAAUCAGGCAAAUAGUCCUGACCUCCUCAGUGUAUCCCAGUAUUAUUCUGGAGAGUUGGUUUCCUAUGUAAGAAAGGUUUUGCAAAUUAUUCCAGAAAGUAUGUUUACUUCUCUUCUGAAGAUCAUAAAGCUUCAAACCCAUGAUAUCAUCGAAGUGCCUACCCGGCUAGACAAAGACAAGCUAAGAGACUAUGCUCAAUUGGGCCCACGCUACGAGGUCGCCAAGCUUACCCAUGCUAUUUCCAUUUUUACUGAAGGCAUCUUAAUGAUGAAAACUACUUUGGUUGGUAUUAUCAAGGUGGACCCAAAGCAGUUAUUGGAAGAUGGGAUAAGGAAAGAACUGGUAAAACGUGUUGCUCUUGCUCUUCAUAAGGGACUCAUCUUUAACCCUCGAGCCAAGCCAAGUGAACUGAUGCCCAAGUUGAAAGACAUGGGAGCCACCAUGGAUGGGUUCCAUCGUUCUUUUGAGUAUAUCCAGGACUAUGUCAAUAUUUAUGGUCUCAAGAUUUGGCAGGAAGAAGUAUCUCGUAUUAUCAAUUAUAAUGUGGAGCAAGAAUGCAAUAACUUCUUAAGAACAAAGAUUCAAGAUUGGCAAAGCAUGUAUCAGUCUACUCAUAUUCCCAUACCAAAAUUUACUCCUGUUGAUGAAUCCGUAACUUUUAUUGGUCGACUCUGCAGAGAAAUACUAAGGAUUACAGACCCCAAAACAACUUGUUAUAUUGAUCAGCUGAACACUUGGUAUGACUUGAAGACUCAUCAGGAAGUCACCAGCAGCCAGCUUUUCUCAGAAAUCCAAACCACUUUAGGCACCUUUGGGCUGAAUGGGUUGGACAGGCUAUUGUGUUUUAUGAUUGUUAAAGAAUUGCAGAAUUUCCUCAGUAUGUUUCAGAAAAUUGUUCUCAGAGACAAAGCUGUUCAGGAUACCUUAAAAGCCCUCAUGAAUGCAAUCAGUCCCCUAAAAGGCAUUGUAGCAAAUGCAAAUAAAACUUAUUUUUCUGCCAUUGCCAAAACUCAGAAAAUUUGGACAUCAUAUCUUGAGGCUAUUAUGAAGGUUGGACAGAUGCAGAUUUUGAGGCAACAAAUUGCCAAUGAGCUAAAUUACUCAUGCAGGUUUGACUCUAAACACCUAGCAGCAGCUUUGGAAAAUCUCAACAAGGCUAUCUUAGCAGAUAUUGAAGCUCAUUAUCAGGAUCCUUCACUUCCUUACCCUAAGGAAGACAACACACUGUUAUAUGAAAUCACAGCUUAUCUGGAAGCAGCAGGAAUCCACAAUCCACUGAAUAAGAUAUAUAUAACAACAAAACGUCUACCCUAUUUUCCUGUGGUUAACUUCCUGUUCUUGAUUGCUCAGCUGCCAAAACUUCAGUACAAUAAAAACUUGGGAAUGGUCUGUCGAAAACCUACUGAUCCAGUUGACUGGCCUCCCUUGGUCCUAGGAUUACUUACUCUGCUGAAGCAGUUUCAUUCCCGUUAUACCGAACAAUUUCUGGCUUUGAUUGGCCAGUUUAUCCGCUCCACAAUGGAGCAAUGUACAAGCCAGAAGAUUCCAGAAAUGCCUGCUGACGUAGUGGGUGCCCUUCUGUUUCUGGAGGACUAUGUUCGCUACACAAAGCUACCGAGGAGGGUUGCUGAAGCACAUGUGCCUAAUUUCAUUUUUGAUGAGUUCAGAACAGUCAUGUGACUUUUUUUAAAUAACAAAAGGAAUGUCCUUUUAAGUAUCUCACCAUCAUUGAAUUUGGAGCAUUAGAAGCAAACUUCAGCAAAUCACAUAUCUGUAAUUUUUUUUCUUCACUGUGUGGGAAACACAGCAGUUUGAACAAGAUGGAUUUCACAUUAAUUAUUGUCAUUACCGUUGUUUAAUCAUGAUAUUAUAUGCAAUUUAUAUCAUGUAAAUGCAGAACACUUUUGUACUGCUAAAUGCUGAAUAUAAUUAAUUGCUAUGGACAAAAACAUUUAGUUUUAUGUUCUAAAGAGCUAUUUGUGCAACCUUGACUUUUCUAUUUCAAUAAACAACACAUAUACCAAAAA